AUGGCUGUUUCCCUGACCCCCCUACAGCUAUUGGGAGUGGUGAUCCUCAUUUACCUCAGUUUCAUCAGGUCCAUUCAUGGCGGUGCCUAUUAUGGGAUCAAACAGCUUCCACCUCAAAUCCCACCUCAGAUACCCCAAUACCAGCCCCUGGGACAACAAGUACCUCACAUGCCCUUAGGCAAAGAUGGCCUUCCCAUGGGUAAGGAGAUGCCCCACAUGCAGUAUGGCAAAGAAUACCCACACCUACCCCAGUAUAUGAAGGAAAUUCCACAGGUGCCCAGGAUGGGCAAGGAGGCAGCUCCCAAGAAAAGCAAAGUAGAAAUACCAUUAGCCAGCUUAAGAGGAGAACAAGGUCCUCGUGGAGAACCUGGCCCAAGAGGACCACCUGGACCUCCAGGUAUACCAGGCCAUGGAAUACCAGGAAUCAAAGGAAAACCAGGCCCACAGGGUUAUCCAGGGAUUGGCAAGCCAGGUAUGCCUGGAAUGCCAGGAAAACCUGGAGGCAUGGGAAUGCCUGGGGCAAAAGGUGAAAUAGGACCAAAAGGAGAAAUUGGACCUAUGGGAAUGCCAGGACCACAAGGACCUCCAGGGCCUCAUGGACUUCCUGGCGUUGGAAAGCCAGGUGGCCCAGGGUUACCAGGACAACCAGGACCAAAGGGUGAACCAGGACCCAAAGGACAGCCAGGACUUCCUGGUCUUCAAGGCCCUAAAGGAGAGAAGGGCUUCGGGAUGCCAGGUUUGCCAGGACUCAAAGGUCCCCCUGGGAUGCAUGGACCUCCUGGACCUGUGGGGCUUCCAGGAAUAGGCAAACCAGGAGUGACAGGAUUCCCAGGGCCACAGGGUCCUCUCGGUAAACCAGGCAUUCAAGGUGAACCAGGACCCCAGGGCCCAAUAGGUGUACCUGGGAUUCAAGGACCACCUGGCGUACCCGGAGUUGGAAAGCCAGGCCAGGAUGGCAUCCCUGGACGACCUGGAUUUCCUGGUGGUAAAGGGGAACAAGGACUACCUGGGUUGCCAGGACCUCCUGGCCUACCAGGGAUUGGGAAACCAGGUUUCCCAGGGCCUAAAGGUGACCGAGGUAUGGGGGGUCUUCCUGGGGUUCUUGGACCUCGAGGAGAGAAAGGGCCUAUUGGUGCGCCUGGAAUGGGGGGGCCUCCUGGUGAGCCAGGCCUGCCUGGAAUUCCAGGUCCCAUGGGACCACCAGGUGCUAUUGGUUUCCCAGGGCCCAAAGGAGAAGGGGGAGCUAUGGGGCCACAAGGACCACUGGGUCCCAAAGGUGAACCAGGGUUACAGGGUUUCCCAGGGAAACCAGGCUUCCUUGGUGAAGUGGGACCCCCAGGCAUGAGAGGUUUGCCAGGUCCAAUUGGACCCAAAGGGGAAGCUGGGCAUAAAGGUUUACCAGGUAUUCCUGGAGCUCCUGGGCUCAUUGGACCCAAAGGGGAACCAGGAAUCCCAGGUGAUCAGGGUUUACAAGGCCCAUCUGGAAUUCCAGGAAUUGGAGGACCAAGUGGUCCCAUUGGACCUCCUGGAAUCCCAGGCCCCAAAGGAGAACCAGGGCUACCAGGUCCUCCUGGAUUCCCUGGGGUAGGAAAGCCUGGGGUAGCAGGACUGCAUGGACCCCCAGGGAAGCCUGGGGCUCUUGGUCCUCAAGGCCAGCCUGGUCUUCCAGGGCCCCCAGGACCUCCAGGUCCCCCAGGUCCUCCAGCUGUGAUGCCUCCCACACCACCAGCCCAUGGAGAAUAUUUGCCAGAAAUGGGGCCAGGAAUUGAUGGAGUGAAAACCCCCCAUGCCUAUGGGGGCAAAAAAGGCAAAAACGGAGGUAUAGCUUAUGAGAUGCCUGCAUUUACAGCCGAGUUGACCACGCCCUUCCCACCAGUGGGGGCCCCAGUAAAGUUUGACAAAUUGCUCUACAACGGCAGACAGAACUACAACCCACAGACAGGCAUCUUCACCUGUGAAGUCCCUGGUGUCUACUACUUUGCAUACCAUGUCCACUGCAAAGGGGGAAACGUAUGGGUGGCUUUGUUCAAAAACAAUGACCCCAUGAUGUACACUUACGACGAGUACAAAAAGGGCUUUCUGGACCAGGCGUCAGGGAGUGCUGUGCUACAGCUUAGACCCGGAGACCGAGUUUUUCUCCAGAUGCCCUCAGAGCAAGCUGCAGGACUAUACGCAGGACAAUAUGUCCAUUCCUCUUUUUCAGGAUAUUUAUUGUAUCCCAUGUAA